UUGAUUUUUAGAAGAUUUUCUCUUUGGACGACGAGACAUCGCGAGAUCUUACACUCCGCCAUUUUGGAUCUCGGCAGACAGAAAACGACAAAAAUGGCUCAAAACUUGGUUCGAUUAGCCGCCAAGAGAAUCCUCUCCAUACCACAGAGAUCCAUUAGCGUGACAGCAAUUCGUAAGCAAGAUGUGGCCCUGACACAAGAGGAGAGAGACAGAAUAUACCCAAGAAUAGGAGACAGAGAUGUUGUUGGUUAUGGAUUCAACGGCACUGCCAGUUAUAUGGACAGAGAAGAAAUGCCUUUCCCAGCCAUUCGAUUUAAAGAAAAUACAGAUGAUGUUUUAGCCCUAAGAGAACUAGAAAAAGGAGACUGGUCAAACAUGACUAUAGAAGAAAAAAAAGCAUUGUACCGCUCCAGCUAUAGACUAACAUUUGCUGAAAUGUUUGCACCUACUGGGGAGUGGAAAGCCGUCUUUGCUGCUUUCAUGGUCUGUCUUGGUGUCACUGGAUGGAUUGUUAUCUUCAUGAAAAAAUUUGUGUAUUCUCCCUACCCAGAGACGAUCACUCCAGAAUAUCAACAGAAGAAUUUGGAGCGUAUGAUCGCACAGCGUCAAGGUAUCGUGGAAGGCGUGGCUUCUAAAUGGGAUUACGAAAACAACCGCUGGAAGAAAUAAGAAAAGAACUUUUAGGAAAUUUUGUAAUAUAGACUAAGUAAAUUAACCAAAGGAUGUUAUAAUGGAUACAACUGGAACAUUAACAAUAGCAUGUUAUGUAAUGGUACCCACACUUUCGAAGCAUAAAUUAUUUGAACACCAGUUUUAUUUUAUGUUGCAUAUUUUUUAUUUUUAAACUGGGUAUAUUUAAUAAAAAGCACCCCACUUACAGACUUCAGUUGGUCAGAACAAUUGGAGUCUUUUUCUCAUUUUGCCAAGCACAUUUUGAUAAAAAAUAUAUACAAAUGAGAAUACCAGUUUUUGAUUGUUUUCUGUGCUUCUUUUUUCCAAUAUCACAAGUUACGAAGUAUCGCCAUCAAUAAAUAAUUUAAAAUUAUCAUGUAGGCUAGAGUUGAGUAUUAAACAUUUAGUUACCUUGUAUGAAGAGGUGUAAAAUAUCAAAAUUGUCUGUUCCGACAUUUGAACUCCUCAUGGUAUGGAAUCAUAUUCAACAUAGGACACUUCUCAGGACUUCGUGUAAUUUCCACAUCAAGACACUCACUCAGUUACAUCUAAAGUUAAAACACAGUAAAACCUUCCAAUCAGAAGAUCACCGGAAUCAGCCAAAAGUGGUCAAGCUAGCUGAUGAUUGUAUUUCACGAUUUUUCUUUAAGUCUAUGGGAGGUCACGAAAUUGGGACAAAGAAAAAGAUGUAACAAUGAGAGGUGUUGAUAUCAGAGGUAUUCAGAUAAAAAGGUUUUACUGUAGUACACAAAUUGAUUCCAACAUGUUAUUUAUCAUAAAUAGGUUUUACUGUAAUCUUAACAUGUUAUUUAUGUAUUGUGUGAUUCGUUAGAAAUGACUGGUUUACAAGUAAAACCAGUUUGUUGAAUAAAUAGUUAUAAAAUAGUAAUUUAACAAGUAACUGUUUAUUAUAUAUGUACAGACAUAUACAGAGACCUCAGACUUUGGGUGAAUAAAGGUGGUUUAGAGAUAAAAACAACCUUCCCAUAAAGUCUGUCUUGUUCAGGAUCUUUUUGUCCCCCUAGUUAUCGUUUGUCAGUUAUUAUGUCACCAUCA